AAAAUACGGCUGUGAGAACCACAUGAUGGUGAGACACUGAAGUUUUCUUAAGCCUAAAUUUACUGUCGGGGUGAAGAAAGACUUUGGCCUGGCGGUAUGAACGAGUCGGCGCAUUAUCCUCCGCCGGAUUUUGGCUCUCCUCCUCCGAACUCUUUCCAGUCCUUCCAGCAGCAGUCGAGCUCCAGUAGCUUCCACCCCACCAUGUGGAGCUGGAGCGAAACGCCUACCGAACUCAGCUGGGACUGUGGCAGCAGUGCUGGCUGGUACAACGGGUCAGCUGCAGGCUAUGGUUUCCCAUCAGAUCAUGGAAACCAUGGGCCUACACGUCCAUACGGUCAAAACUUUGGCCAUGAAUGGCAUCAAGGUGGACAUCGAGGGGGGAGACAGAGCUACGGAGCACCCAGUCACCAUGGGAAAAAGAAAAACAGGAAAGAACCAGAGUAUUCCCAUUUCUGUGACACCUGCGACCGGGGCUUCAAAAACCAGGAAAAGUACAAUGAGCAUGUCUCUCAACAUGUCAAGUGUUCUGUGGCCGACUGCAGCUUCAUGGCUCAUGAAAAAAUAGUCAGCAUACACUGGAAAAAUAACCAUGCGCCAGGAGCUAAACGAAUCAAGCUGGACACACCAGAGGAGAUCACUAAAUGGAGAGAGGAGAGGCGCAAAAACUAUCCAACGCUUCAGAAUAUUGAGAAGAAGAGAAAAGUUCUAGAGGUGCGGGAGGAAACAGGAGCUGUCCUGGAAACGGCUCAGUUUGGUCGAAUGAGAGGAAGAGGGAGAGGCAGAGGCAGAGGUAGAGGUCAUGGGUGGAGUAACAGAGGAUUCCAAGGGCAACGUUCAAGAGGUCCACACCCAUCAGGCUGCAGUGCUACAGAGAAACCUAAAUCACUCACCCAGCCUUGCAGGGAUGGGGAUCCACUGGGAGCGCUAGCCACCAGUGACCACGACUCUGACAGAGAGGAGUCCAGGACUGGUGACCUGGUUGUGGCCCCAAAGCAGAUGAGCUCAGCUCUGGGCUCCCUUGUGGCAAACUAUGGAUCCAUGAGUGAAAGCGAUGAAGAACCAGAAGCCACACCCAUUCAGAGACAGAAGGAGCUAGUGCAAGAGAACCAGGAGCUCCUAAAUCUAAUACCACCAAAACGUCAUGACAAAGCACCUGCCAGGGGUACAGAAAUCUCAUCACAGAGUACAGAGAGGCAGAAAUUCCUCCAGCCUGACUCCAGCCUUCACACGCCCAACAGCAGAAGAGGAAGAGCGGGAAGAGGAGGUUGGGGAGGAAGACACCAAAAUACACCACAGUCACGUCGUCCCACUUUACUUGAGAUGUUACUGGCUCCUGAUAUCCGGCAUGAAAGGAAUGUUCUCCUGCAGUGUGUACGCUACAUUGUCAGAAACGACUUCUUUGGGCUGGAGAGCAGACAUAACCAGGAGAAGAUUGAAAACAAGGGCACAACACCUGUCACAACCGGAGAGCAUAAAGGAAGACAGGAGGAACCAUUGGAGAAAGUCAAAGUCGUGUCCCUGUCUGCCUCCUUAGUUAGUGGUGAGGGACAUUCAGCAGAGGGGCCCACAGCAGUCCGGGAUGUUGGCAGUUUGAAGGGUUUACAGACGAGCAAAGCUGCUGCAGAUAAACAGCCCCACGAUAUACUGAGUGAUCUAGGGUGUCCAGGAGGAUCUGAUGAACAUACUGUGGAGUCUGCAGGGAAUCUCACGCAAAAUACAGAGGAGACAACUGCCAGAGACUCACACUGUUCUGAUUUGACUUCCACAGAUAGAAUCACACCUGUCUCAGAUAUGUAUGAUGAUGAAAUAUGGGAGAGCCCCAGUAUUUUGUCCUUAACAUGAAACUGAUGUGUUAUUCCUAAUAAGUAAAGAAUUUCAGUGACAGGAAUAUUAUUUUUGUCAGGAGAUUAUUUUUUUGACUUUAUUAUGUAAAGACACUGUCUUGUAAAAUAAAUCACGUGAGCUGUAGUGAUGACACAUUUGUACAUCUUUUGUUGUGAGGUUGAAAUCUGAAUCGUUAUGUUUUCUGU